GGUUUCGGAGUAUCCGGAAGCCGGAUUGAGCCCAAAUUUCAUAUACGAGCUUCCUGCAGCGAGGGGAUAUUAGGGCGGUCUCGGAUUUUAAUUCGGGGUUCGUUCGUGAAAUUGACGUUUUAGUACGGGAAGGUU